CUGUCAUAAAUAAUAAUACCUUCAAAACAUUAACUUGACCAUAUAUUUAUACCUUACAGGAAGGCCGCAACACAACCAGAAUGCUUCUAAAACCUCACAAAUUUAUCCAACCGCCUCUUCACGUGGCACCUUCCUAACACCGCCACAUCCCGGCAGCACCUAGCCUUCGCCCAGCUAUGAACAUCAUCGGCUUUCGGAAACCAGAGCAAGAUGAACCAGCGUGGAUGAAAUGCCCUCCAGACAACGUGGAGUACCCAGGGCUGGCCUACUUCUGUCAUCUGGACCAACUAACAGUCACGGACCAACCUGACGCCGUCCACGCCAUCAUAACCAAAGACGCUAACUGCUACACCAUCUUCAACUCUUCAGGAGAGAAAGUAUUCGUUGCUGUACAGGAUAAAGACACGUGUCAGUACCAAGUCAAGGUCUUCAACAACUAUGGGAACGAAAUUAUCGAGGUGAAGAGAAAAGUUGCUGUUGCUAUUGAACAGGCACUCAUUUGGGCCCCAAGCGGGACAUUCGUAGCUACAGUUCAGCGGCAGAUAUCAUUGUUCAAAACAUUUUCGGUCAAAGAUGGGGACAGACAAACGGUGUUUAAAGUCACAGCUGAAGGGUUAAGUUACGUGUUUAAUAUCAUACAUGAUGGGGAAGUAAUUGGUGUGAUUAAGGAGACAGCUAGAGCUGAAGAGGAUGAGAGUGAUGAGAAGAUGUUUACGGUGACUUUCCCGAUAGAUAUGGAAGUGCAAUUAAAGGCAGCUUUGCUGGGCACCUGUCUGCUCUUGGGGUAUGUGAAAGGGUGGUGAUUUUUGACAAAUUAAGACGUGGUUUAAUAGUUUCAAGUGAUAAUCAAGGUAAUAAAGUUUCUUUAUAAUUUA